AUGAGAUUUAAAAUAUCUACACAAAAUCGUAAUGGUCACAAACGCUUAGUGACUUGUGUAGCAUGGAAUUCUGCGGAAGAAAUUUAUUCGUGCGGAGAGGAUCAUUUGUUAAUAUCAUGGCAUUUGGAAGGUGGAAUCGCACAUUCCAGUAUUGUUACAGAAUUUCCUGAUGACUUUUAUCCGACGGAUAUGCAAUGGCAUCCUCGGCCAAAUUACACAGCGUUAAUUACCAAAAAACAAUCAUUGGAUGUACUGUUAAUUACUACAGCUGACGGAAAAUAUCAUUUAGUUAAUAAAAAUGGACGUAUAGAAAAGAGCAUAGAUGCUCAUAAAGGAGCAACAACUGUAGGCAGAUGGAGUAGUGAUGGCUCUGCACUUUUAACUGCUGGUGAGGAUGGUCUAAUAAAAGUAUGGUCACGUAGUGGCAUGCUUCGCUCUGUUGUAGUUAAAGGCAUGUUUCCUAUACUGUCUGCUGUUUGGAGUUCAGAUUGUACAUCAGUAUUAUAUUCUCAAGGAGCUUAUUUAACUUUUCAGUCACUUAAUUCUAAUUCCAAACCUCGCAAGUUAUUAGCACAUGAUGGUUUAAUAUUGGUUUUGUGUUGGAGUCAUACUCAUGGACUAAUAAUUUCUGGUGGAGAAGAUUGUAGAUACAAGGUAUGGGAUUCUAAUGGUACUCAGCUGUUUUCUAGUAAUAUAGGAGAUCACCCUAUCACAGCAGUAAGCUGGAGUUAUUCUGGGGAUUACUUUGCUGUUGGAUCAUUUAAUACAAUCAAACUUUGUGAUAAAACAGGAUGGUCUCAUUCAUUAGAGAAAGUCAAUUCUGGUAGUAUAUACAGUAUUGCUUGGUCAAGUGAUAGUACUCAAGUAGCUAUGGCUUGUAGUAAUGCAACUGUGUUAACAGGACAUAUAAUAGACAGGAGAUUGGAAUGGAAUAAUUAUGAAGCCAUAUUGACCAAAAGAAAAGUGAUUGAAGUCAGAGAUGUGGGUAAUGAAAUACGAGAAACAUUAGAAAUAUCGGAUCGCGUGGUUCAAUUAGAAUUUGGUUUUGAUUAUUUAGUUGUAAUUACACCGGCACAGUGCCACGUAUAUUCUGUAGUAAAUUGGAAUACGCCUGCUAUAUUCGAUUUAAAAAAUGCUAGUGUAUCAGCAGUACUUCUUGCAGAAAAGCACUUUUUAUUAGUUGAAUGGAACAGUAUUUCGUUGUACAGUUAUCAAGGUCGUUUAUUAGGAACUCCAAAAUGGAGAGGAAUGACACAGGAACGACUUUAUCCCCCUUGUAUAUCACUAUGUUCUGAUACCUUAGUUAUACGAUCGCAAAAUAAUGAAAAAUUGCUUCAUGUACUGGAAGUGGCUUACAACAAACCUAUAACAGAAAGUCAAACUUAUACGCAUCUUCAAAAUAUUUCAAGAGUUGCAUUAAAUCAUAUUGGUGGAGUUACUGAUCGACAAGUAGCAUUAAUCGAUAUAAAUAAAGAUUUAUUUCUAGUUUCUAUAAGGACCACUGGUUUUGGUAGAGUAUGUAAAAUAGCUGCUAUGGCGCAAGAUAUUGCAUGGGCAACUGAUGCAAAUGUUUUAGCGGCAAUGUUGGAUGCAACUCUAUCUGUAUGGCUGUGUCCUAACUGUGUGCACUAUAGUGAUCGUAAAAUUAUACGAAAAACAAGAAUCGAUAAGGAAAGCAGUGAAUUCGGUAAGCAACCAAGUAUAGCCAAGGUCUAUAAUGGAAUAGUAAUGAUACGACGUGGUGAUGGAGCAUUAGUAGCUUCUUCCUUUUAUACGUUUUUUAUUAGUCUUCAUCAACAUAUACUCAACAAGAGAUGGAAAGAAGCACUAUCUCUUUGCCGAAUCGCUCAGAAUGAAAUAUUAUGGACUUGCAUGGCCGUUAUGGCUACUGACAAUAAAGAAUUGAAUGCUGCAGAAGAGGCAUAUGCAGCUAUUUCUCGAUACGAUAAAGUUGAUUACAUUCAGUAUAUAAAGAGUCUGCCAAAUAAGAUAGAAAGACUAGCAGAAAUGGCGCUUUUGUCGGGAGACCUGUUAACUGCAGAAGGCAUACUUUUGCAAAAUGGAUUAAUAGACGAAGCUAUACGAAUUAAUAUCGAAGUAUACAAUUGGAAUAGAGCAUUAGAAUUAGCGAUUAGACAUAAAAAGCAACUAGAUGAAGUAUUAAACGCAAGAAAGAAAUAUCUUCAAGUAAUCAAUAAGAAAGAAACGAAUCAAAGUUUCCUUGCAUAUAUGGCGAACAUUGCAAAGGCACAAGAAACCACCGUAAAGACUUCCUUUAAGGAAGAUGAAGUUUUAUUAGCAGAAAUGGAAACACAAAAGAACGAAACGUCGGAUCAAGAAAUACAAAUCUGA